CGAGGUAGUUUACUCCCCCACGAAGAUUAUCCAAGUACGUGCCAACUCGGUUUUGAAACGGGUCAGUUGGGGCUCCCCUUAUGGGCACGUCUCGUGGUGGUGGUUGUGCUCGUUCUCCACAUCUCGCUCGCACAUUCCUUCUUCCUUGAGGUCUUGGUUCCUUUACACCAUCCAUUAGCAAUUAUGGGUCAUCUGGUGGUAUUCCAUAUGUACCUCCCAAGUUCACCACCGUUCUUAUAAUCUCUAAGAAAUUCAUGGUAAGAUCAUUUCCCGGAAUACAGUUCAACGAACGAAACAUGCAUGGGAUAAAAACUCCACAAGAUUUCGCUACACCGGUCACAAAGUCCCCCCCCCCCCCCCCCCUGCAAUUGGGCUUCCCGCUCGUGAAUUAACUACUUUUUCCCCCAAAAAAUUUACCAAGAAAGUAGGGUAUAUUGCAGAAAACCCCUGGCAUCAAAAUACUCCAUAGAUAAAAUAAAUUGAGGCUCGUGACCUUAUCCUUAUGCUUUUUUAUGGUUAAUGCUAAAUGUAACAAUGCGGUGGAUAAGGCGAUGUAUUGGAGACCGAAUUUGACUUUCUUGAGAAAUACUUGGGUUGUAGUUACUACUUGCAAUAUUGGUCCAAAAUCCAUAGUUUUUCACCCCUUCAGAAUAGUCUCUAGCCACGGCCCAUAAGAACAUGUCGAAUUGUGGUGACAUAGCUUCAUGUUGUUCGUAUAAUCCCAUUCUCCAAGCCAAUUCAACCAAGCUACAUUCUGGGUAUUCCCUUCCUAGCCGGAAUACAAACGCUUUUUCAUAUUGUGGAUCCUCCGUAUUCUCCUCAAAGCUAACCUUUGCAAAUAAUUCCACACAAAGUUCUUUAUAAACCGAUUUUUUGAUAGAAAUUAGGUUUCUCCAUCUAUUCCAAUUGAUAUGAACUCCAGUUCCAACAUACAACUUCGUUAAGUAUUGAUUGAGCCUUUCUAAGAUUCCGAUGUUAUUCAAUUUUGCCCAAUCAAUUAUUUGUGAUACAACAAAAUCCCGAUUGUGAAGUCAUCCCAACCGGUUGUUGUAAGUCCUUAAAACAUCGUAAAAAAAUGGUAGACCAGAAUUGGUAAAAUGGGUGGAGGUUUGACAAAUCUUCUUGAGGUUGUUGUUGUCCUCUUCUUGGUCCCAUUAUCCUGCAAAAUAAUAUACAAACCAACCACAAACAAACACAAAAUGUAAGGAAAAACAAAACAAAAUCAACUUCUCUUUGCCCAGACCUCACGUCAUGAGCUUUGACGACAGUAGAUUCCAAUCGGGAUUCUUCGGCCAUUUUUGUCCAAUUAAGCAAAAGGGUUUUGUUAUAGGGUACUUUAGGCACAAAUUGACAAUGUCUAUCAACCUUAACCCAAAAUCGCACCUAUUGUUCAAAAAUAAGUAAACCCUAGUAAAACUAAGUGCAAUAGAGCAAAGAUUAAAUGCGGUACAUUGAAGAAUCAUACCUUGGAUGCGGAUUUAACACGAAAAAUGGAAAGAAAGUAGUGGUAAUUGCCGAAAAAUCAAAGUGUGGGAAAAAACAGGAGCGCAAGUUAUGAGUUGGUUGUGAAAGUGAUAGUUAAAUGGCAUUUUAGGGUUAAAAACAUAUGGCUGGUCCCCCAAAAUCCUCACGUCGUGACCAUGUGUUUGUCAUUGUAACACCCGAUCCUUGUAGGAUGAAGAAGAUUGUGGAACCACUUGGGAGCUCAAACCAGCUUAGAUCCAAAAUUUUCAUUCCGUUAACCAUCUCUAGAAGGACCAAUGGAACUUCGAGUGUGGUUGGGUUGAUGCGGUACUGCUUUGUGUUGUUGGACAACAAACUCGGGGCAAUCCAUUCGGGAGACUAUGGGCCAGGGAAAUCCAUUCGAAGAGACUGUGGCCAUGGUAAUCCAUUCGGGAAACUGUGGUCCCAGGGGCAAUCCAGUUUUAUACAGUGGGCCCGGUACAUCAGAUGAUCGGGGCAAGGCAAAGACAUGAUUGUACACAUCCUCCUGUUGAUUUAUGUUUUGAGAGUGUUUUGAUACUCUGAUUCUAUGGAUUUGAUUUGAAAACAAUGGUUUAUAUCUGGUGGUUUUGUGGAAAUGUUUUAUAUAAAAUGAAAAUUUUUAUCAUGGUUUUCGG